CCCACGUUAAAAACGCAUGGUCGGAAAGAGGAAGAGUGGCAAAAAAAAGCAGCUUCAGUGUAUCGUACGUGUGUAGAUGAAGAGAAAGCCGCAACACUGUUCAUUAUUAUCUGCACAAAAACUGCAGCAACUCUGAGAGACCCGUGAACGUGAAUUCGUUCGGCGAGAAAUGAAGGAACCCACGACAAAACGCCGUAAGAAGAACGAUGAGGGGGCAACCCGUAAGACGAAGAAGAAGAGAGAACUGAAGGGUGUUCUCAGAACAAUCGUGUUCAUGGAUGGAAAAGAGAAAGACGAAGAAGAAAAAGAAGAACGCGAAAAAAUGAAGGGCAUGAUCGAUGGUUACUACAGCGAGGUGGAAGAGACCAAUCCGAGAAAGAGAAACAAGGUCGGCGGUGACUCGGUGAGUCACCGGCGAGUUUGGGUGAAGGAGCGUUCGGGGGCGUGGUGGGAGGAGUGUAACAAAGCCGAAUUUCCGGAAGAAGAGUUCCGGAAAGCGUUCAGAAUGGGAAGGGUGACUUUCGAAGCGAUCUGCGAGGAGCUGAACUCUGUGAUUGCGAAGGAGGACACGACGCUGCGAAACGCCAUUCCGGUGAAGCAAAGGGUGGCGGUUUGUUUGUGGCGGUUGGCCACCGGCGACCCUCUGAGCGCGGUUUCGAAAAGGUUCGGUUUGGGGAUAUCCACUUGCCACAAACUGGUUCUUGAGGUUUGCGCUGCCAUAAAGAGAGUGCUUAUGCCAAAGUAUUUGCAAUGGCCUAAUGCUGUUGUCUUGAGGGACAUCAAGGGUGAGUUUGAGAACGUUUCUGGGAUCCCCAACGUUGUGGGAUCCAUGUUCACUUCUCAUGUUCCCAUCAUAGCUCCUAAGAUGAGUGUCUCUGCUUACUUCAACAAGAGGCACACUGAGAGGAACCACAAGACUUCAUAUUCAGUGACUGUUCAGGGUGUUGUCGACCAUAGAGGGGUUUUCACCGAUGUAUGCAUUGGGUGGCCUGGUUCGAUGGGUAAUGAGCAGGUGUUGGAAAAGUCGGCACUUUUUCAGAGGGCUAAUAAUGGUGGACUUAAUCUCAGUGGGGUUUGGAUUGUUGGGGGUUCCGGGUACCCUUUGUUGGAUUGGGUUCUGGUGCCUUAUACGCAGCAGAAUCUCACUUGGACGCAGCAUGCUUUCAAUGAGAAGAUUGGGGGGGUUCGGAGGGUUGCUAAGGAUGCAUUUGGGAGGUUGAAAGGAAGGUGGGGUUGCUUGCGAAAGAGGACUGAGGUGAAGCUUCAAGAUUUGCCUCUUGUGCUCGGGGCUUGUUGUGUUUUGCAUAAUAUAUGUGAGUUGAAGAAUGAGGAAAUGGAUCCUGAGUUGUUGAAGAUUGAUGAUGAUGUUGUUGACGAUGAUGAUGAUGAUUUGGUGGUGGAGCCAGAGGUUCCCUUGAGAUCUGUUAGCUCCUUGAAGGCUAGGGAUGCAAUUGCUCAUAACCUUUUGCACCAUGGACUAGCUGGCACUUCUUUUCUUUGA